UAAACCCGAUCUGACUCAGCUUCCACUCACUACAUCUCUGUCUUACACUGAGCCUAAUCAAGUUGUUAUCAUGUGCCUCAGGAUGAGCUCAAGCCCUGCCCACUCACCCACUGACUCCGGAUCAGCGCCGAACUACAAACGAAGCAGGUCCUGUGGCACCUCCAUUGACAUUGACAGCAGAAUAGAACAAGCAAUGGAUCUGGUGAAGACUCAUAUGCUGAGUGCAGUGCGAGAGGAAGUGGAACUUCUGAGAGAGAAAAUUAAAAAUCUUACUGAGAGAAACAUGGAGCUGGAGAGAGAAAACCACCUGCUGAGAUCCAUGACCAAAUACCAAACAGCACUGACCUCAGGUCAGAUCACCAACCACCAAACAGCACUGAUCUCAGGUCAGAUCACCAACCACCAAACAGCACUGACCUCAGGUCAGAUCACCAACCACCAAACAGCAUUGAGCUUGGGUCAGAUCACCAACCACCAAACAGCACUGACCUCAGGUCAGAUCACCAACCACCAAACAGCACUGACCUCAGGUCAGAUCACCAACCACCAAAAAGCAUUGAGCUUGGGUCAGAUCACCAACCACCAAACAGCACUGACCUCAGGUCAGAUCACCAACCACCAAACAGCAUUGAGCUUGGGUCAGAUCACCAACCACCCAACAGCACUGACCUCAGGUCAGAUCACCAACCACCAAACGGCACUGUUGUCAGAUCAGAUCACCAACCACCCAACAGCACUGACCUCAGAUCAGAUCACCAAACACCCAACAGCACUGACCUCAGAUCAGAUCACCAAACACCCAACAGCACUGACCUCAGAUCAGAUCAUCAAACACCAAACAGCAUUGAGCUCAGAUCAGAUCACCAAACACCCAACAGCACUGAGCUCAUAUCAUCACUGCAGUCAGUAUGGCAUCACCAUACCUGAGCAAUCAGAAAAUUUCAUCUUCAGUAGUGUUGAUUACCAGAACAGUGGGUGUUUUUCUGUGAACACGCAACUGUAUUUCAAUGUAGCAUUAAAGCGAGAUGUCAGGUGUGUUUAGUGUUUAGUGUUUAGUCCUAGCAGAGUGUGUCAAUUUAUGUAAAGUGCUAAUCUUAUACCCAAAUCAGUAAUUAGCCAAUUACCUUGUUACAAGGUUGUAGUGUUUUCUUUAAUAAUGACUCUUAUUUGUGGUACAGAGUCUGUAUACACAAAUUUUCACAAUGAAAAUUUAAUUGUUAAUGAUAUUUUGAAAACUAACUUUGUAUUUUUAUAAAAUGUAAUAUGUCAUUUGUUUUGCACAAAAGAGUUUUGUUUUGUUAAUAUAUUGUAUAAGUAUAUAUUGUAUUAAUAUACUGUCGAGUUUUGUUAAUAUAUUGUAUGCAUUACUAUAAGUUACUGAGUCUGAGUUGUGUAGAAUUGUAACGUAUCUAUGUAAAAUCUAAAAUAUAUUUAUUACCACAGUAGAAAAAAUACUGAUUUUAUGCUUGUUAAAUGUCUUAAAACUCAUUCACACUAUUACUUUUUAUCUUAAAGUUUUAAACCAGCACUUUCCUUGAACAUUAAUAAAUAAUUAAAACACAUUAUUUCCUGUUAUUUAUAGUAUAAUCUAAUAGAACAGCAGAAUAACUGCUAAUUACAGUUCUACAGUUCUACACACACACACACACACACACAUACUGUAUAUAUAUACAUAUGUAUAUAUAUAUAUUUUUUUUUAACAGAAGAGUCAUGCAGGUGUUUAAGAAAGAAGCAUUAGG